CGGGCGCUGCAGUAAAGCAACCACAGAGCAGCUCGAUGCAAGUUGUUGCCGGAUGACGUUUUGCAAGACAGGAAACAAGAAAAGCAGUGAGAUAGAACCAGUGAAGAAAGGAACUACUUUGUCACCCUUAGCACUCUCAACAAACUCCAAGAUAGUACUAAAUCAGGAGGGAAGCUGAAGAGGUGUCCUAUGAAGGUUUUUGAAUUUAUUUGGACGUGUCCUUGAGGAGAGACAAAACUGAGUAACACACCCUAAAAAUCUGAAAUGGGUACUGAGGAGAAACCUUUAGAGCCUGCAGCUCAACAACCGCCGAAGGAGCAAGGAUCACCAGCGAAGGAAACGGAAUCUCCUGUGGAGCCUCCUCAAGGACAAACAUCUGAGACCACCGACCCCCUCAACACAUACAAGUGGCACACUGGCUCCAAGGCAACUCUCAAUGAGGUGAAAGAAGAAGAAGAAGAAGAAGGAGCAGCUUCUUCCACAUCUACAAUAGAUAAGAUUCAGAAGGCCUCCACCAACAAAUGGAGCAAGAUGCAAAACUGGCGCAAGGCCUUGAGCGAGGACCCCGGAGACAAAAGUUCAUCCAGUGGGAAAGGUGGAGAGGGAGCGAAGCCAGACAGAGCCGCAGGAGGAACCAGAAAGAACCCGUUCAGAAGGGCCCUGUCGGAGCCUCCCGGGUCACUGUUUGCAGCCCUGUCUCCUUCCUCUAGCUCUGCCAGCUCAGCUCAGCCAGCUUCAUCGUUAGCGGAGGCCUCGGGGGUCUCAUCCACAGACCCUUCACAGAGAGGAGGCGGAGGGGCGCUCCUAAAAAAGUACCUGAGGACUGUGUCCCAGAAGCUCAAGAGGCCCCGUCUGCAAAGUCGGAGCAGCACCCCAAACUUGGUGCCAGAUGCGGGUGAACCUACACCAGCUGCAGCCAGUGAACUCCCAAGACUACAAUGGGCCCCGCCUCAGGAGGUCCCAUUGUGGGACAUUAGCAACUGUAUGCUUGAGGAUGGACAAAUUCUCAUUUCUCCAGAGGAGGAGCCAACCAUGUGGACACGAAACCGUGUCAGCAGCAACCUGUCCAACCUCAGCAUGCAGAACCUUGUAGAUAUCGACACAGAAUGUAGCCCUGACCCUGUGGGUCUGCCGGGUGGCACUCGACCAAAGAACCAAGAUGGCGGUGUGAGGGGACUGAUUAAGCGACGUCUCGAGAACAAGGCUAAGAGGAAUAGCAACACCCAACUGAACCCCAUGGGACUAAACAAAGGAAACAGGCACUAUGGUUCCCGGGAGUCUGUGUCAAUUCCAGUGGGGAGUGUAGAUCUGAGUGCAGACACCAGCACUGUCAUCAGGCCAGUCCACAGCUCUAUUUUGGGAGAGAAGUACUGCUUCGAGGUAAUAAACUCAGAGAACACCCACUGCUUUGGCUGCUCCUCAGCUGCCGAACGUGACCGUUGGAUCGAAGACCUGAGACGGGCUGCCCAGCCUAAUAAGGAUAACAUUGAGCGCACAGAGAACUUCCUGAGUCUGUGGGUAAAUGAAGCUAAGGAUCUUCCACCCAAACGGCGUUAUUACUGCGAGGUACACCUGGACGGGACCCUGUUCGCCCGCACCACCAGCCGAGCUGUCGGCAAGCCGUCUAACCGCUCCAGCCUGGCAGGGGACAGCUCUACUGGGCCUUCAGGAGGCCAGGGGGCCAGUGGAGGUGUGGCUGGAGGAUGUCAGUUAUUCUGGGGUGAAUUCUUUGAGCUAGACAACUUGCCAUGUGUCUCCCAAAUCACCCUGCACAUCUUCCGCGACGAAGACCCCAAGAAAAAGCGUCACUCCCGAGACGAGACCAGCCUGUACCCACUGGGCAGUGUGGCCAUACCUUUAGCUGAGAUCCGAGGGAGGACCUAUCAAGAGAAGUGGUAUCCCAUCACUCCACACAAGGCCUCAGGCACAGCGAGUAACAAAGAACUGCUCGGGCCACAGGCCUCACUGCGCAUCAAGGCCCGUUUCCAGAAUUUGCAAGUGCUGCCCAUGGAGAAAUACAAAGAGUUUGCUGAGUAUGUGACAUUGGAUUAUGUAGAAAUGUGCAGAAGCCUGGAGCCACUUCUGAAUGUGAAGGAGAAGGAAGAACUGGCAGGAGCUCUGGUCCAUGUACUUCAGAGUAUUGGCAAAGCCAAGGAGUUCCUCAUUGAUUUGGGCAGUGCCGAGGUAGAGCGUCUUGGAGAGAAAGAGGCACUGAUCUUCAGAGAGAACACACUGGCCACUAAAGCCAUCGAUGAAUACAUGAAGCUGGUUGGCCAGAAGUAUCUCAUUGACACACUAGGGGACUUUAUCACCCGUCUUUACACUUCUGUGGAGAACUGUGAAGUUGACCCUCGUAAAUGCUCUGCGUCCGAACUGUCAAACAACCAGAGGCACUUGAGGGAAACCUGUGAGGAGGUGGUGCAAAAGAUUAUUGAGAUCCAUGGACCCUUUCCUGAAGAGUUAAACAAGAUCUUCUCCAGCUGGGUGGAGCUGUGUGAAGACCAGGGCAGACCAGAGAUUGGCCAACGUCUCAUCUCUGCUUCCCUCUUCCUUCGCUUCUUAUGUCCUGCUAUCCUCAGUCCUUCUCUUUUUGGUCUGACACAGCCUUAUCCAGAGCCAAAUACCCUGCGUACCCUCACCCUAACUGCCAAAGUCAUUCAGAAUCUGGCCAACUUCACCCUGUUUGGGGAGAAGGAGGAAUACAUGCUCUUCAUGAACCAAUUCCUACAGCAGCACUGGGAUGGAAUGAGAGGCUUUCUGCAAACAGUGUCCAAUUCAGACACAGAAAUUCCAAUGACUUCCUUCGAUGGUUAUGUGGACCUGCCUCUGCGCUUGGCUGUGCUGCAUGGUCUGCUAGUAGACAUAAUCCAUCAAAGGGACCAGAACACAAUUGACAAGCUGCACCCUCUGCCUUCGAUUCUGAACCAGAUAUCAGAGUCACUGGGCCCUCAAGCAACCCGGAUCAUAGUUAGCAGCCAAAUUGGACAAGACAAGCCGGUGUACGUUCCUCCUAAAGACUUGGUCAAAUACAGCCCUCACCAAUCAUCCCUCCAGCAGCUUCCUGUGGACUCUAAAGGCCUACGAGACGGCAGGGAUGUUAGGACUCGGAGGAAUAUGAGAGAGAGGAAGCCAGUCGCCAGAACUCAGAGCGCUCCACACAGACGUCCCGGUCAAGCAAAACAUGGCUUAAAGAGGCAGACAAGUUCUGAAACUCUGCCGAUAGCUGACCAUGAACAAGAGAUGGAGACCAACCAACCGUCUAUCUCAUCCCCAAAUACUACUGCCAGUAUCAAACGUCAACCUGAACCAGUUCCCUGGAUCAAAGUCAGUCACAACAGGGAGUCAAGUGAGAUGAAGACUGAGAAUGAGCAGUUCACCUUACUGGAUAGGCAUGCUCAGGAGCUAUCAGAGCUCCGCCUGGGGAUAGAGCAGGUGACGGAGCGUGAACUGGACAUGGCAAAGCGCCUGGAGGACUUCAUCAUCCAAAGCCAGGACCAGAAUGCAAUGCUGCAGACAGAGGUGAAUGACCUCCGGAAUCUGCUGGCUGUGCGUGAAGAGCAGCUGGCCAGUGCCACCUUCAGGCUGGGUGUGAUUGAGGAGGAAAAGGAGGAAGAUGAGAGGAAGCUAAGUGUUGCCAUUGCAGCAGCCGAGCGAAUAAACGUACUGGAGGAGCAGCUUGCCGUCCUACUAAGGGACCUUCACCAGCUCAGUGAGUCCUUCAACAGCAGCCAAAACAACAUGCAUCCUGAAAAGCCACACAUCAACAGCAACUGAGCCCUGACAGUAACAAGACUUAGACUUAGAGCUGCAGUAUCACUAUUUUGUGUAAAUACAUGGAGUUCAUGUGGAAACCACUGCCUGAAGUCCAAAUUAUGGUUUCCUGAUCAGGUGUAAGUUUAGUUUUAUGAACAUAUUCAGAAUGGAUGUAAAUGGACAAAACUCUGACUGAAGUGAAUGUGAAACCUAGAGGAUUUGUCUGCAUUUCAGCUUUUAAUGUAUUUUACCUACAGAUAUGUUUGACUUGUAAACCUGUGUGAUUAAUAAAAGAACCAGAUGUCAAAA